AUGACCUCCAGAAAGAGUCACUAUAGAGAGCAUGAAAUAAUGGACAAGAGUCUAAAUAAGGGAGAAUCUCUUGAACCCAGCUGUGUGUCCAUGAAGAGUGACCAGUCAAGAGAUGAUGUAAUCAACUUCAGUUCAGGAGACUCUUCUACUGAUCUGAGAAAACUCAAUGAGAAGGAAGAGGUUCAAUUGCUUGUCCAGAGGAAGACGAACCCGACAGAUCUCGGCAGUACGCUACAGACAAAAUUUCCCCCUAUUUAUCUGCAAAAACACAAAUCCAGACUGGGAGAGAAAUUCCAGAGGCUAAAUGAAGGAAUAUCAUAUCAAGGGAACUUAACACUUUUGAAUGAGAUCUAUACAGAGCUCUACAUCACAGAGGGAGACAGUGGAGAGGUCAAUAAUGAACAUGAGGUUAGACAUAUUGAGAUGUCCAGAAUGCCAGAGAUGCAGGAAAUACCAAUUAAAUGCAAUGACAUCUUUAAACCCUCACCUGGACAAUACAAACCCAUCAAAAGUGUGCUGACACGAGGAGUUGCUGGCAUUGGAAAAACAGUGUCUGUACAGAAGUUCAUUCUGGACUGGGCUGAGGGAAAAGCAAACCAGGACGUCCACCUCAUAGUUCCACUUCCUUUCAGGGAGUUAAAUUUUAUGAAGGAGGAAAAUAUCAGUCUAAUGGAGCUUCUCCAUCAAUUUUUCUCAGAUAUUAAGGAACUGAGAUCAACAGACCUAAAUGAUUACAAAGUUAUGUUUAUCUUUGACGGACUUGAUGAGUGUCGACUUCCUUUAAAUUUUCGAACCAAUCAGACCUUGUCUGAUAUCACACACUUAGCUUCAGUGGAUGUGCUGCUGACCAACAUCAUUAAAGGGACACUGCUUCCUUCUGCUCUCAUAUGGAUAACCUCUCGACCAGCAGCAGCCAAUCAGAUCCCUUCGGAGUGGGUUGAUCAGGUGACAGAGGUACGAGGAUUCAGUGAUCCUCAGAAAGAAAAAUAUUUCAGGAAGAAGAUAAAUGAUCAGAAUCUAACCAACAGAAUCAUCUCACAUAUCAAAUCAUCAAGAAGCCUAUACAUUAUGUGUCACAUACCAGUCUUUUGCUGGAUCUCAGCCACUGUUCUAGAGACAAUGUUGGGUGAAGCAGUGAGUGCAGAGAUCCCCAAAACUCUCACUCAAAUGUUCACACACUUCCUGAUAUUUCAGACCAAACUAAAGACCCAUAAGUAUGAUGAAAAAAAUGAGGUAGAUCUUCACAAGGCCAGAAAGUAUAUUUUUUCACUGGGCAAAUUGGCAUUUGAACAACUGGAAAAAGGGAACCUAAUCUUCUAUGAGGAGGACCUGAGACAAUGUGGCAUUGAUGUCAGAGAAGUGUCAGUGUACUCAGGAGUUUGUACCCAGAUUUUUAGAGAAGAGUUUGGGCUGUGUCUGGGGAAGGUGUACAGCUUUGUGCAUCUGAGCAUUCAGGAGUUUCUUGCUGCUUUAUAUAGGUUUCUCUCCUUUGAUUCAGACAAGAAACACAAGUCAGAAAUAACCAGUUUUCAAAAGAAGGAAGUGGACAAGGCUUUGCAGUGUGAGAACGGACACAUGGAUCUUUAUCUGCGCUUUCUUCUGGGUCUCUCACUGGAGUCCAAUCAGAGUCUCUUGCGAGGCCUUCUGACUCAUACAGGAAACCUGUCUCACAGCAGUCUGGAAAUAGUUGAGUACAUCAAGGAGAAGAUCAGGGAAAUUGACAUUCCAGAGAAAUCCAUCAAUCUGUUUCACUGUCUGAAUGAACUGAAUGAUCAUUUUCUAGUGCAGGAAGUCCAAACAUACCUGAACGGAACUCGUGCCAGUCGUCUCUCUGAUGUUAGUCUCUCUCCUGCUGAGUGGUCUGCUUUGGUGUUUGUGUUACUUAACACAGAAGAGGAACUAAAUGAGUUUGAACUAAGUAAAUACCAUCAAUCAGAAGAAGGUCUUCUGAGGCUGCUGCCAGUGGUCAAAGUAUGCAGAAAAGCUAAUCUGAGUGGCUGUUAUCUCACAUUGAAAAGCUGUUCAAUUCUGGCCCAAACUCUCAGACAUUUGAGAGAGCUAAACCUGAGUCAUAAUGACCUGCAGGAUUCAGGACUGAAGCGACUCUCUGUUGGACUAAAUAAUGCUCACUGUAAACUCAGGACAUUAGAGCUGUAUAACUGCAGAAUUGGUGAGGAAGGUUUUUCUGCUCUGGCUUCAGCUUUAAGGUCAAACCCCUCGCACCUGCGAGAACUGGAUCUGAGCUGGAAUAACCCAGGAGUCUCAGGAGUUAUGUUGCUGUCUGAUCUACUGAAGGAUCCACACUGUAACCUAGAAAAACUACAGCUGCAAAGAUGCAGUAUUGGAGAGGAAGGUUUUUCUGUUCUGGCUUCAGCAAUGAGAUCAAACCACUCACACCUGAGAGAACUGAAUCUGAGCUCUAAUAAACCAGGAGAUUCAGGAGUGAAGCAGUUAUCUGAUGUACUGGAGUAUCCGCAGUGUAAACUGGAGAAACUACAGCUGUCUGAUUGCAGUAUUGGAGAGGAAGGUUAUGCUGUUUUGGCUUCAGCUCUGAGAUCACACUCCUCACACCUGAGAGAACUGAAUCUGAGCUCUAAUAAACCAGGAGAUUCAGGAGGGAAGCUUCUCUCGGAUCUACUGGAGAAUCCACACUCUAAACUGGAGAAACUACAGUAA